AUGGGCCACGCGCGGCCUGGAGGCCCGCGUGUGAUCAAACAAACCCCUGCCCUAGCCCCAGGAGGUAGUCUAAAUAGCUUAGCCAAAGCAUACACAAUCGCAGCACAUGAAAUAGAAUACAAGCUGCCGCAUUGCCACGUUUGGGCCCAUGACGAUGAGCGAGCCGCAAAGGCCAAAGCCGUCUUCGAUUCGGAAUUACAUCGCAGCAGCUAUAGCACAUGCCCGGAACCGGCUACAGCCCCCGACACCAAAAGAAUCAAAACCGCUCAUAAUCAGUCAACAGAGCCUGGUGUUGAAUCCCAAGCCGCGCCACGGGUGGUUCCUUUUCCCGACAGGCCUGCCGUCUUGGAACAACGAAACGGCGAGAUUGAAUUUCGCGUCGUCAACAACGACGGCACUAGAGAGAGCGUCGUUGUGCCAACUGGUCUAAAAUGCUUAUUUCAGAAGCAGCUUCCGAAAAUGCCCAAGGACUACAUCGCGCGCCUUGUCUACGACCGAACUCACCUAUCCAUAGCAAUCAUCAAAAAGCCACUCGAGGUCAUUGGCGGGAUAUCAUACCGGCCGUUUAAAAGCCGCAAAUUGGCCGAGAUUGUCUUUUGCGCCGUCUCAUCCGACCAGCGGGGCUUCACCGAGGAGAUUACUCUCGACAAGGCGCUUCGGAUGGGGUACAUCAAGGACUACGAAGGAGGGACGCUUAUGCAGUGCUCCAUGCUCCCCCGGAUACGGUACCUCGAGGUGGGCCGUGUGCUUCUCAAGCAGAAGGAGGUUGUGCAGGCCAAGAUUCGGAUGAUUAGCAAGAGUCAUGUGGCUCACCGGCCGCCGCCGCAAUGGGCCAGCGGUAUAAGCCCGGUUGACCCCCUUUCUAUCCCUGCUAUCCGGGCGACGGGUACAAAAGAGGACGAAGUGCCUGACUAUUGUAAUGUUAUUGAAACGCCGAUGGACUUGUCGACCAUGGAAGAGAGACUUGUGCGUGAUUCUUACCAUGCCCCACGGGAUUUUUUCAACGAUCUUAAGCUUGUGUUUAGCAACUGCCGGCGGUAUAAUGACGCAACGACCGUGUAUAAUAAGUGCGCGGUUAGGCUGGAGAAGUAUAUGUGGAGUCUAAUUAAAGAGGUUCCCGAAUGGUUUGACCUACUUGAGGAGUAA